UGUGACAAUCAACCAAAAACAAUAGUCAAAAAGAGAAGUGAAUUUGAAGACUGGAGAAUACAACCAAGUAGCUACAGUAUUUAUACCCAAAUCCAGUCUGAGUCAUAUCUACAACUCGUGAGUUGUAAGGCUAUGUACCGCAUGGAGCACUGGUCAUGGGUUGUAGUAGAACCUUCCAGAGCAUGUGUUGCGCAGCCUCGAAUUGAUGGAGCUAAUCCCUGGAACCCCUAGCCUGGACCAUCUGAUGC